UUAACUGCCUGUCAAAACAACUCUUGCCCAUUCUACCUGAUCACAUUCCAGAGCUGCAGCUCUUUCUGGAUUCUCUUCACAAUGACAGGCUGCUCAGAGAGCACCUAUCAAACUGAAUAUGAUCAUCGGCUCCUUCCUCUUUUCCUUUCAGGGCAUACUGCUGUCCAUCAGAAGUAAUUAAUGGGUUUAUUAUGUAUGAAAGCGUCAUCCCAUCAGUUUGCUGUCUGGUUUGAAUAGCUCCUAUCAGCUCUUCAUUCAUGCCAACUAUGCUCACUGUCCGGAGGGAUGAUAAAGCCAUACCUUCUUUGGAUUUUCCCCUCGCUAUUCACAAAACAGUGUCCCAGAACUAUGUGUUGCAGAGGCACAAGGAAGACAGAAGAGACCCCCUUAUCCUCUACAAAAAGGAAGCCAGUGGACUGAAAAGUUGGUCAAGGGGAACACAAGGAGAGCAAGACAGUGCAAGAGAAGAUCCGAGAGAGAUCCAGUCCAAGUGAUUUUUUUAAAGCAACUUGAUCCGGGGGCACGUGUAAUGCUGAAAUAUGGACAGCAGAACUUUUCCAGAAGGUAAAAACAUCUAUACGAGGACCCUGGAUUUCUCACUGCUGAAACAUUCAAUGAAUUUUUAGUAAGUUCUGAACGCUCAAGUUGUCUGUGGUCAGAUCAACUGCUGUUACCAGAUAAAGAAAGGCAAAACUCACCCCUUUUCUCUAUAAUCCUAUUCAAGUGGAAUCUUCAUCUAUUGCGUGCUGCCCUAAUGCUACAGGAUUACCAGGAAUGCAGACAGACUGACACUGCAUGAAAUAAAACACAGUGGUGAACGAAAACACGCAAGCCAAGUAGAGAAGGCAUUUCAGGUACCGAAGCUUACUAUUUCCAGCCAGAAUUAGAUUAUUGGGCUUCACACACACCACUGCCAGAUGCUGGCCAAGAAGAGGUGAGAUAGAAAAGAGACGGUCUAGAACCCAAGACUUAAUCCUAAUGUAAAUUCUUGCACCAGGAUGGAAGGAGAAUCUCACCACAAUACAACCAUUGUCAAUGACACCCCAGUAAAUCACCAGCCUUUGGAACGCCAUGGGUUGUGGGAAGUCAUCACCAUCGCAGCUGUGACUGCUGUGGUAAGCCUGAUCACCAUUGUGGGCAACGUCUUAGUCAUGAUCUCCUUCAAAGUCAAUAGUCAACUGAAGACAGUGAACAACUAUUACCUGCUCAGCUUAGCCUGCGCAGAUCUCAUCAUUGGGAUCUUCUCCAUGAACCUCUACACUACCUACAUCCUCAUGGGACGCUGGGUGCUUGGGAGUCUGGCUUGUGACCUCUGGCUUGCACUGGACUAUGUGGCCAGCAAUGCUUCCGUCAUGAACCUUCUGGUGAUCAGUUUUGACCGUUACUUUUCUAUCACAAGACCUCUGACAUAUCGGGCCAAGCGUACCCCAAAAAGGGCUGGCAUCAUGAUUGGCCUGGCCUGGCUAAUCUCCUUCAUCCUUUGGGCCCCGGCAAUCCUCUGCUGGCAAUACCUGGUUGGGGAGCGGACAGUGCCACCAGAUGAGUGCCAGAUCCAGUUCCUCUCUGAGCCCACCAUCACUUUCGGCACUGCCAUCGCUGCCUUCUACAUCCCUGUUUCAGUCAUGACGAUCCUCUACUGCCGAAUCUACCGGGAAACAGAGAAGCGAACCAAGGACCUGGCUGACCUCCAGGGCUCUGACUCCAUGGCUGAAGCUGAGCCAAGAAAGCCAGCUCAUAAGGCUCUGCUGAGGUCCUGCUUUAGCUGCCCUCGACCCACACUGGCCCAGAGGGAAAGGAACCAAGCCUCCUGGUCAUCCUCCCGCAGGAGCACUUCCACCACUGGGAAGCCAUCCCAAGUCACCGGCACAAGCACCGAGUGGGCCAAAGUCGAGCAGCUCACUACCUGUAGUAGCUACCCUUCCUCAGAGGAUGAGGACAAGCCCACCACUGACCCUGUCUUCCAAGUAGUCUACAAGAGUCAGGCCAAGGAAAGCCCAAGGGAGGAAUUUAGUGCUGAAGAGCCCAAGGAAACUUUUGUGAAAGCUCACACUGAGAAAAAGGACUAUGACACCCAAAAAUACUUCUUGUCCCCAGGUGCUGCUCAUAGACCCAGGAGUCACAAAUGUAUGGCCUAUAAAUUCCGAUUGGUGGUAAAAGCUGAUGGGACCCAGGAGACCAAUAACGGCUGUCACAAGUUGAAAAUCAUGCCCUGCUCCUUCCCAGUGUCCAAGGACCCUUCAGCGAAAGGCCUGGAUCCCAACCUCAGCCACCAAAUGACCAAACGAAAGAGAAUGGUCCUUGUCAAGGAGAGGAAAGCAGCCCAGACCUUGAGUGCCAUCCUACUGGCCUUCAUCAUCACCUGGACCCCUUAUAACAUCAUGGUCCUGGUUUCCACCUUCUGUGACAAGUGUGUCCCAGUCACCCUGUGGCACCUGGGCUACUGGCUGUGCUAUGUCAACAGCACUGUCAACCCCAUUUGCUACGCCCUCUGCAACAGAACCUUCAGGAAGACCUUUAAGAUGCUGCUUCUCUGCCGAUGGAAAAAGAAAAAAGUAGAAGAGAAGCCGUACUGGCAGGGGAACAGCAAGCUCUCCUGAAAAGUAACAACUCCUCUCAAAAGAGUGACCAUGGUCAGUUUCUUCUGAGGACGGGUGGGCUGAUUCUGGCUUAUUUGUUUCAAAAAAGACAUAUAUCAUUUUGAGCACCUGAGGACUUUGUAAAGGUUUCAGAUCUGUCACCAAAAGGGAGGAGUCACAGCUGCCACAAGUGCUGUCAUAUUGAAUGAUUCUUGUCUAUGACCAAGGUCUCCUGAUGCCACUGGAGUUUGCUGUUGAAGUGAGGAGACAGACUUGUGUCCCUCCACAGGGGGAGGAACACUGGAUCACAAUGAACAGUGACUUAGGGAACUUCAGUCCCCUAACCUCUGCAGAGCAGCAGGGACUGGGCGGAAACCUUCCCUGUGGAAACCUGUAUUCAGGUUUUGUGCAAUAUGUGUGUGUCUGUGGGGUUGGCUCCUGUCAGUGAGAAUCGGGAGACUGUAAGUCAGUGUUACCUGUUAAGAAGAGUGAUAUUCAACUGGCGUCUAAGACUCCAUUUCUUUAUAAACUGAUCAGUAUCAUGCCGAUGUUAUGUGUUCUGUACUGUGGUACGUUCUUCUGUCCCUACAUCUGAGUGAAGCUUUCACAACCGAUGCCAAUUCCUGGUACCCACUGAAACCCUGCUGGUCUCCAUGGAACCAUCUUUUCCCCAAGAAUCCUGGGUCUGGACUGAAACCUGAUCCCACCCAGUCAGAUAGAGGGGCCUCUACUCUACUAAUAAAGAAGAUCAAGCCUCUGCAGCUGUUUUAGUUUCUACCAAUGGGAUUUUUUUUUCCUUUCAUCUAAACAGAUAUUGUAUAUUCUAUUUUGUGACUAUUUGGGCCUAUUUAUUCAUGCUCUGUUCAUGCAUAAAGGUCUUCUCUGGGCUAUUUCAUCACAAUUCUUUUAAUUGUUUUCAGAGGCCUUGCUUUCUAAUCUCUUCACAAGGCAAACCUGAGGCAAACUGUAGAAAACAAAUUUGGUUUCACUCCAUGCUUUUGAGCUUCUUCCAAAACUCUUUUACCAGCCCCCAAUUUCCCUUAUCCAGAGGCAAUUCACAGCCAGGCUCAAGCAGGUCACCGUGCAGCCUCCAGCCAGAAGUGCUAUUUGGAGGACAGCAGGGGAAAGACUUUUUUUCUUUCUUUUUUAUUUUUAUAGGUCUUUCAAAUCAUGGCUCAGAAAUGACUUAUUCAUUCAUCUCCAAAUUCACCAUCAAAGAUGAGAAGCUCAGAAAAGUACAGUUAAGGUCCAGCGAAGCUGGCGACAGUCAUUAAAAAUGAAAGCCUCUUGGGGUGCCCGGGUGGCUCAGUUGGAUAAGCGUCUGACUUCAGGUCAUGAUCUCACACUCUGUAAGUUCGAGCCCCACAUCAGGCUCUGUCCUGACAGCUCAGAGCCUGGAGCCUGCUUCGGAUUCUGUGUCUCCCUCUCUGCCCCUCCCCUGCUCAUGCUCUG